AUGGCGGAAGAAGACAGGAAAGGUCUUCUAGAGGGAACCCAGCCUUAUUCUUCGCAACAGAUUCCUAAUAAUGAAUACAAUGAAGCCCUAUUUCAAGAAAAAGGGAAGAGUCCGAAGGAGGUACGUGUGAAUUAUACUUUCUGAUAGUCUCUGACGUGAUAUGGUCAUAUCUGUCGUGAUUGUGACUGUUCAAGGAGUUCAAGCUUUGUAAGCUAGCUUACAGCUGUACGUUUUUUUUCUCUACAUGACACUGAUUUCCCGCACAGACUACGUGUACGUGCUCAAUAUACCAACUCUCUAAAGCAAACUUUUCUAAGUUAUAAACCUUUCCUUCAAGAUGUUUAUGAGAGAUCAGCUGAUUCAGUAGCCUGUGAUUUAGGGGAGUCUCGAGAAGACACCCGUGUGGCACUCGAAAGGAGACAGGAGUGCUAGGAGCGGAGAAAGAAAGGGAGCCCUUGCAAUAGUCUGCAUUGCAGACGUUAUCUAAUCCUGGUUAGUAACGUCUGCAAAUUAGCGCGGAGAUCUGAGAUCCCAACAGACUCAAUGAAUUACCGGAAGUGUGUUUCAAAUUUCCUAUCAACCCAACUGGCAAAUCGACAAAUUAUGACCUCUAUUAAAAGGCCAAUCAUGCGGCACACUCAAAUCCUGGUACACAGCUUGGGACCUAGAACAAGGAUUUUGGCGCUGUUUCGCACAUGUUACUUACUGGGCUAUGCUUGCAACAAUCUACUUUGGUAAAUUUUUAUUACCACCUGGGAAUUUGAGAUCCCAACAGACUCAAUGAAUUACCGGAAGUGUGUUUCAAAUUUCCUAUCAACCCAACUGGCAAAUCGACAAAUUAUGACCUCUAUAAGGCCAAUCAUGCGGCACACUCAAAUCCUGGUACACAGCUUGGGACCUAGAACAAGGAUUUUGGCGCUGUUUCGCACAUGUUACCUACUGGGCUAUGCUUGCAACAAUCUACUUUGGUAAAUUUUUAUUACCACCUAGGAAUUUGCAAAAUACUGCAAAGUGUUAAAACUGUCAUCAGAAACGAAGAAUGUGUCAGUUGCCUGUCAGUUAUCCUCACCAGGUCAAUUGCGCUAGUAAUGCCAGUGUUCCACAAAGAAAAGACUGCUACAGCAGAACCUCAAUGCAACAGCCCAAGGGACUGGCAAAAUAAAUUAUGUUCUCUAUAAAUUAAAAGGUUUCAUUACGUCAAGGCUCUUUUUCAUAAUUAUAUUGUACCAUUUCUGUGGCGAAGCUCAUCAUUCGUUAUACAGAGGUUCGUAGACUUGCCUACAAGUCGAGCUCAAAUGGUCAUGUGCAUACAAGUAUAAAAAUAAGCAGUGCAUUCUUUUUAUUUUUAUUUAGAAACUUGUCAUGUACCUGUUCAUUGCGGCCGUCAUCAUUAUGAUCACAGUAAGUACAUACAAUAAACCAUUUCACCCUUAAAAUAGCAACAUAAGGAGGUUCACUUAACAGCUACAACUUCAUUUCUUGUGUCCAUACUUACCUCUGGGACUGAAAUGGUUAAGGGAAAAAUGUGUCAUUGGUUCUAUGUAACCCCCCUUUAAAGUGUUUAUAAUAAUGUAAUGCUAUCCCUUACAAAAGAUGUAGUCUCUUGGAUGUAACAAACUUACAGUGUUCAUGAAAUCCUAGUCUUGGCUUGGGUAUCCAGCAUCAACAAUAGCUCAAUGGAUUGUAUUAACUUUUCUUUGUAUUCCCUGUUUUGAUGUCACUUGGUCUCACUUUCAUAACAUGCAUUAUGUCUUGUUUAAGCGUUUGUACAUGCACAGGGUAUGUAUCAGAAACAGUCAGUCAUGUGACUUAAGCGUGAUCAUUAUUGUUGCAUAACUUAAACCAUCUUUGGUGCAAACACGUUUUCCUAAUCCGUUAAAUGUUGUUUUGGACCAAUUUUCUGUCUUUUAUUUGCCUAGAACUGAAAUGUGUCCUGAUUGCUGCUCUUUUCUUCUGUUUCAACAGAUAACCACAAUUUUGUCAUUAUACCGAGGCAUUAUAGUAGAUUCCACUUACAUUUUAUUAGGAGUCAGCAUCAUUUGUAAGUAUUUUAGUUAACCCUUUACUGUAAGUCCCAAUAGUGACAAACGUCAAUUUUCUCCUAACGAUAUCCAUACAAUGUCAAGAGAUUAGGUUAUGAGAAUUAAUAAAAUGAUCACCUAAGGGAAAAUGCCCUGAUCUUUUAUCAAAUUCCCUCAACUCAUUCAUGAAGGAAAUGAAUGGAGAUCAGCUUGGAGAAUUUGUAUGUGGAUACUGGGGCUUAAAGGGUUAAAAACCAUCAGACAGUUAGAUAUAUUAUCGUCAACUUCCUUUAAAUUCCCUUCUUCACACAAGUAGACAACAGCUAAACUACUAUAAUAUUAUAAAGUAAUAUUGAUGAUGAUAAUGAUAAUUAAUUAUGAUGAUGAUUUGGUGAUGAUGAUAAUGAUGGAAAUGAUGGUGACAGGUUAUUUACACAUAGAGAUUAAUCUUGGAAAUAAACAUUAUAACAAUAAUUAUCAAAUUAGAAAUUCAGUUUUCAGUGAGGAUCUCAAUUUUCCUGUUAUUUUAAUUUUUUUGCAGCUAUUGGCAUGGUUGAAGUAGUGUUGGUAAGUGCUUGUGCUGUUUGAAAAACGAGCUGGAGUGUACAUGUAUUAUCAGGUUUAAAAACUUGAGGCGAAUACAUUACGUUCUGCAAGUUUUUUGAAUGGCUUCAAAAUAUCUUAAAUAUUUAACUCAUGUUUGCACUAAUAUUUAGUUUUGGGGUUAUUUUGGUCUAAAAAACUGGACAUAAAGUUUAGCCGUGCCUAUCAGAUAUAAGGACACCUGUUAAUAAGUUCUUUUGCUUUUUCUUUAUGAAGUUUUUGAAGUUACAUUUAUACAUUGAUGACUAAUAAUAAUAAUAAUAAUAAUAAUAACAAUAAAUAAUAAUAAUGAUACUAAUUCAUACAUUGGUCAGUUAUCUUCUCCCCUACAUUGUAGCUUGCCUCUAACAUUAUCUUUCUUGAUGAACAAGUUUCCCUGGAAUAAUCAUCUGUGGGACAGUUCUAAAGUUGUUUUUUGGCGCUUUUAAAGAGGGUACAGGGUACAGGGGGUGGGAUUGGAGGGUGAUGUCAUGCAAGAGGAACCAUUGACCCAUGCUCCUGAACUGCCCGUAAUCACCUGUGCAGAUCCACUUUCCUUCUACCACUUGUGAUGGCAUCAAUUUUAGCAGUCAAGGGCAACUUUGUGAUCUAACUUGUGCAAGGUUAACAGAGAUUGUUCAAAGCAUGCCAGAAUGACCAUGAUUCAGUCAAGGAAGCUGGAGAAAAAUUUGAAGGCCAUAAAAACUUGAUGCUGAAAUUCCAAUGAAAAUCUAGUGCCAUUACUCAUCUCCUCUUCCUUCCAAUCUUACGAUCGUAAAAGCUUUCCACAAAACUUUUCCCGUUCAAAUGAAGCCUUAUAAGUGCCCAGAAAAAAAGGACAAGAAGAUAAAAGAUAUUAGUAAAAUCCAGCUAGUGAUCUAUUAUCAAUGCUGCAUUCUGAUUGGUUGAGCUACUACUAGGCUAUAUGUUAUAGCUCACUAGUAGCGAAAAGCGACGGAUUUUUGGUGGCAAAAAAAGAUGAAAGUCUUGCUUUAAGUUGUUUUGUCUCCAUAUUUUUGACCAACUAGUCGGAUUUUACUAAAACAAUUAUUCCCCAUUGACUCAUCACCCAUUAGCUAUUAACUCAGAGCCCAUUUGGGCUCGAGGAAUAAUCGUUAAAUAGUCGAGACUGCUCUGCCACUUUUAAACCCAAUCUCGAAUUUUUUCUUUUUAUGUGAGCCCGAGCUUUGGGAGCUGACAUUUUGCAUCUGGAACAGAAAACCGCGUUUGGGGCAGUUUUGUUCUUAAUAAUCAGAUAGUGACAAGAACACAGCUCGAUUAGCCUUAAAAAAGUAUCCCCAGGAGCGAAUGGGUUAAAUUGCUGUAAAGGAAAGUAAAUAAGGUUGAAAUGUACACCUAUUGUUGUUUUGGUUUUUGAUACAUGCAGAUGUUGUAUUCAGUUAUUUAGAAAAUACUGAACACUAGCCUACCUUGAAAAACAUAGUCGUUAUCUUUUCAUUAAUUGGCCUAAUCAACAAUUGUUUUGUGUGUUUGUCACAGGUGUACUGGUCCAAAACAGGGGAACUACCUACGGAAAAACUGUGGUUUCUUUACUUUGUGGGAAUCUGUAUUUUUCUUGAAGCUAUUUUUACAGAUGUUUUGCUGUAUCACAGACCGUUGGUUUAGUUACUCAUCUAACUUUGUCACGUUAAAAUGAAAAAUAAUAUAAUCAUAAUCGUGUAGCUCAGGCCUGCGUGUAGCUCACAGAAAGUAAAAAUAAAAUUUUGUGUCAAUUUAUCGUGAUAAAUUUCUACUGAUUGUUACAAUAAUUGUUUAACUUCAAAAAAUAGCAUCUUAGACAAAUAGACACCGUUAAUUUAGGGGCUGAUAGUUUAUUACCUGUGAGUGCGGGCCGGCCGUUUUGAGAAAGCUUAGAAGAUUUUCAGGUAACCGGUCAAGUCGCCCGAAAUGCGCAGUCAUGUCGCCCGAAUUUUAUCAGGUGAAGUGCACAGACAAACAAAUUAAUUUUUGUUUAAUAAAUAGUGUGUGUUAAUAUAUCUCGUUCUUUAAACGAUGAUGAGACGAAAAAAGCGGUAUAAAUGUGUAAUAUAUCUCGCUCUUUAAUCUUCGAUUAACAACGAAACAAGCGCGAUAAAUGAGUAAAAUUUCUUGUUCUAUAAUCUUCAAUCAGGAGAAACAAGCGCGGCAAAUGGUAAUAGGGAUGCCAGAAUAUUGUUGAGCAUGAUAAAAUUUCGAGCCACAUAAAUAAGAAUUUCGGGUGACUUGACGGUAAAGAGUUUUUCAACGUCCCCUUCCCCCCGCCCCACCCCAAAUUCAUCAUUGCUUUUUAGAAAAUGACCCUCCAUAAAAUUUACACAUAAAGAAAGUGAACUCCCAGCUGAUUGUUGUGGAAAAUACGAAUAUUUUAGCUGCAAAUGGUGCCGAAGUUUACCACAUACUUUAUCUAUACAGUCGUAUUUAUAAGAUUGAUGUUUACGGCUGUUACAAUCAAUUUCAAUUCACGUUCGUUACUGCUUUGUACUAAUUCAUUUUCACGAAAUUUAACAAAAUGACGCUCCUAGGUAACGCUUCUUUAUCAGAAAAUGAUUCCAAACCAUUCAAUAUUUUGAAAAUGACCUCCCAGCAAAAUGGCCGUCCCCCUCACAGGUAAAAUUAGAUAAAG